CUGAUACAUGAUCUGCACAUCAGUCCUGAAAUAUCUCAACACACAGAAACAUCCACUGCUAUAUACUGUGGUGUAGACCCGACUGCCAAAAGUCUCCACCUUGGUAAUCUUGUUACACUCAUGGGUCUACUACAUUUCCAAAUCCGUGGCCAUCAGACCAUUGCCCUUGUUGGCGGUGCAACAGGUAGCAUCGGGGAUCCUUCAGGGCGUAGCUCUGAACGUAUUCCACUGUCAGAAGACAUUCUCCGGGUGAAUGUAGCGGGUAUUGAAGAACAGAUUCAUCGCUUCUUCUCCAAUGGAAAUAAGUAUGCCAAUCGUCGUGGAUUUAGUGGAACUGGUGUCACCCCAAAGGUGUUGAACAACUAUGAAUGGUUCAGUUCAAUGAAUGCACUCGAGUUCUUGGGUAAUGUUGGGCGGUAUGCUCGUGUUAACACUAUGCUGGCUAAAGAGAGUGUCAAAUCCCGGAUCGAAACUACUCAGGGCAUCAGUUUCACUGAGUUCUCGUAUCAACUGCUGCAGGCUUACGAUUUUUGGUACUUGCAUAAAUAUCAUGGUUGCCGUAUUCAGAUUGGUGGCAGUGAUCAGUGGGGAAAUAUCACGGCUGGAAUUGAUAUGAUUAACAGAAAAAAAGAUCAAGGAGAAUCUGAAGAAAUAGAAAAGGCGUAUGGUAUUACCAUUCCUCUUCUUUUGACUUCUUCUGGUGAUAAGUUUGGAAAAUCUGCUGGUAACGCAGUCUGGCUUAAUGAGUCGAUGACUAGCAUUUUUGAUUUUUACCAGUUCUUCAUGAAAACCGCUGAUGCAGACGUUGGGAAAUACCUGUCCAUGUUUACACUUUUGAACCAACAAGAGAUUGAUGAUAUCAUAAAGUCCCAUCAAGCCAACCCUGAAAAGCGUAUUGCUCAAGAGAAGCUCGCUAUGGAAACUACUGAACUAGUUCAUGGACGUGAGGGUGUCCAGAAAGCAAAGACGGCUAGUCAAGUGUUGUUUGGUGGUGACUUGAGCACCCUGACCGGUAGAGAGAUUCUUGACGCUUUCAAGGAUGACUCUAGCCGCCUGGCUAAGUUUGAGCGGUCCAAAAUAGAAUCGUGCGGACUCGAUGUUCUUGCAACUCUUGCCAAUGCCACGCAGUCAAAGUCUGAGGCACAAAAGAAAAUUAAGGCUGGUGGAAUGUAUAUCAACAAUGUCCGUGUUAUAGAUCCUCGUUACAAAGUGACAGAGGCUGACUGGAUUGAUAAUGAAGUCUGCGUUCUGCGUGUAGGCAAAUCCUCUUAUCACUUAAUCCAGGCUGUAUAA